AUGAAUUUUUUCACAUUUAUUUUUCUCUCUAUUUUGUGCCUUGCUUGCUACACUGAAUGCCACAGUGCAAGAGGGCACAACAAUCUUCUUCGAGAUCUACUAAAGACGAGGAAACUAAGAAAACAAUCUUACAAUUAUCGUACAGACGGUUCGCCAGUUUACGUCGCACCACAGGAGGGUCUGAAAGAAUCCGACAAAAUCGGAUCAUUGCCUGGACAACCGGCCGGCGUAAAAUUUAGUCAAUAUUCAGGUUACGUUACGGUUGACCCUAAAGCCGGACGAGCAUUGUUUUACUAUUUUACCGAAGCCGAAGAACCCGCCAACAAACCUUUAGUCUUGUGGCUAAAUGGAGGGCCUGGAUGCUCUUCAAUAGGAGGUGGAGCUUUGACAGCACAAGGACCAUUUCGGGUCAACCCGGAUGGCAAAACACUAUGGUACAACAAAUAUGCUUGGAAUAACGUGGCAAAUGUAAUAUUUCUGGAAUCGCCAGCUGGCGUGGGGUUUUCGUACUCGAACACGACUUCAGAUUAUGUCACGGGCGACGAGCAGACAGCUAAAGACUCAUACACUUUUCUCAUCAACUGGCUCGAAAGAUUUCCAGAGUACAAAACCAGGAAAUUUUACCUAAGUGGAGAAAGUUAUGCUGGUCAUUACGUGCCUCAGCUUGCAGAUCUGAUCCUCGAGUAUAACAAAAUCACAAAUCACACCGUCAUUAACUUAAAAGGACUUGCUAUUGGCAAUGCAUAUAUCGACUUUGUUGAUAGGUGGAGCGGCAUGUUCGAUCAUUUGUGGACGAGUGCCCUUAUAUCCGAACAAACUCACGAGGGCAUAGUAAAAAACUGCAAUUUUUCUUUACCCCACCCCUUUGAAGGUGACUGUGAAAAAUAUAUUGAUGAAGCCUAUACAGAGUUUGGCAACAUUGAUAUUUACGAUAUUUACGCGCCAUUAUGUGGCUCGAAUUCAACCUCUCCAUCGAUAUCAAGUUACGAUCCCUGCUCGACUCAAUAUGUGACCGACUAUUUAAACAGACCCGACGUGCAAAAAGCUCUUCAUGCUAACAUAACUGGAAUUCCGGGACCGUGGUCGAAUUGCAGCGAUCCCGUGUUUGACAAUUGGAAUAGAAGUCCCGACACUGUAUUACCUAUAAUCGAGAAGCUAAUGAGCAGCAACAUUAGUGUUUGGAUCUACAGUGGAGAUACAGACGGUAUAAUUCCAGUGACCACGACAAAAUACUCGAUGGCUAAGCUCGGCAAACGUGUGAUAACACCAUGGUUCCCAUGGUAUGCCAGCAAUGAGGUGGGAGGUUACACAGUUGAGUACGAAAACGUGACGUUUGCGACUGUAAGAGGUGCCGGGCAUAUGGUGCCGAGUUAUCAGCCUGAACGUGCACUUGUUCUGUUCUCGUCCUUCUUACAUGGAAAAAUGCCACCAAAUAACACAACCUGA